AUGUCUACAUUGAGAAUGACCCCACCUUCUGCAGGUAUGGAGUACACCGAGUGGAGUGAGGUUGAUACCACAGCAAUGACUAACACUACAAUAAACAUGGAUACAGAAUCUACAUCAGGUCAAAGAGAUUUAGCGCGAACCAUACAAAUCAUCAGCUUGUGGGUAAUGUUUGGAUUUGGUGUCUUAGGAAAUACUAUGGUCAUGAUAUGGAUGCACCUGAAUCGCAGAAGAAAAUCUCGGGUGAACACCAUCGUCCUCGGAAUAGCGAGUGCGGAUAUGUCAGUUUGUUUCUUCUCAAUCCUCCCUACGGCUCUCAUAGUGAUGUCCCCUACAUGGGAAGCAGGGAAUUUCAUGUGUAAGCUUGUAAUGUACCUGCAAGGUGCAUCCCUCAUAUCAUCGGCUAACAUGCUGGCCCUCAUGGCUAUCGAUCGACAUCAAGCUGUCCUACAACCCCUCAAAGAAUUCUUCAUUGCCUGGAAACUGGUGGUAAUAUCUUGGGGAAUAGCAGGCAUCUUGGCCCUUCCACAGUUCUACGUCUGGGAAGAGAUGAUUCGCAGAGGCAAACCCCGAUGUGGAUCGUUGUUUCGAACACUCCCAGCUUGGCACCGUAUGGCAUACAUCGUGUACAUUGCAGUCAUCACCUUUCUCAUACCGUUCCUUGUCAUUACAUUUGCAUACCUACGCAUAUCAAAGAAGAUAUGGGACAAGGCCCAUGAGACAUCCGGCAAACGAUCAAAAAGAGCUAGCAAGAAGAACAAAAUCGAAUUGAAUCGCAAUGCCUCUGGUACUACUCUUACCAAAGCAAAAAGCAAGACACUAAAGAUGAGUGUUGUUAUUAUUUUCUUUUUUGUUCUCUGUGGAGCGCCUUACUUCGUAGUUGAAAUGUUAGCCACUUUUAGAUCUAAUCCGAUUAAUGGGGUAGUAAAUGCCUUCUUUGGCUUGUUUGCUGUGGCGAAUUCCGCCACAAAUCCGUACAUUUUCUUGUACUUUAACACAUCGCAAAGGUGUUGGAAAGAAUUUCGCCUGACAGUGAACCGUUUUUUAUGCUGCUGUGCGCGAGGGAAUAAUGAAGGAGGUUAUUAUAACCGAUACUCAGUCCGCUUUUCCUCUUCAAACUCGCGCACGGAAUUCACGAAGAUACAUGGCGAGUCCUCGAUGAUCACACGCGUAACUGAGGCGCCCUCUACGAGGGUUAUACCCGUUAGCAAGGAUCGUGAUGGUCAUGGUGGUCUUGGAAGGACUGAGUGAAUGGGUGAGAUGCUAUGGAUAGUCCAUACACAUGAUAGGAGGCUGUACAUCGAGCCAAAAAUAUAUAUCAAGUGAUAAAAAAGAUCCAGCAAAUGUUAGUGCAAUGUUUGUAGUACAAUAAGCCAGUUCGUAGUUCCUUUCUGCGCAUGAUCAAAAGAUUCUAAACAUGAUCAGAGGAAGUACAUCA